AUGGGACACUGGGAGAGCCGGAAGUGCGAGCCAGCAGAGAUCCCAGUUUCUGCACUAACGCUUGAACUGUGAAGGAACUACAUCCACCAGGGGGAUAUUUUAAUAUUCCUCUUAGGCUCAGGUCGGAUCUACCUUUGUAGACGUGUGUAUUACAGUGAAGAUGUGGAGGGCAUCAGCAGGACAGUCUGUGAAUGUGGCGGUGCAAGACGAUGGGGGGGACGACUGGGAGACGGACCCCGACUUUGAGAAUGACGUGUCGGAGAGGGAGCAGCGCUGGGGGGCCAAGACAGUGGAGGGCUCGGGACAUCAGGAGUCCAUAGAUAUCAAUCGCCUGCGUGAGGCGGUGUCCACGGAGCACACCUCCCUGAGGAAGAAGGAGACGGACACCGGGCCCAAAGCCUCUGAUGGAUACGGGGGGAAAUUUGGAGUGCAGCAGGACCGCAUGGACAAGUCUGCUGUGGGUCAUGACUACCAGAGCAAGCUGUCCAAGCACUGCUCCCAGACGGACACCUCUAAAGGCUUCGGGGGGAAGUUUGGAGUCCAGGCUGACCGCGUCGAUCAGUCAGCUGUUGGGUUUGAGUACGCCGGGAAGACGGAGAAACACGCCUCUCAGAAAGACUACUCCACGGGUUUUGGGGGGCGAUACGGCGUGCAGGCUGACCGCGUGGACCAGAGCGCGAUGGGCUUCGAUUACCAGGGCAAAACCGAGAAACACGAUUCCCAGAAAGAUUACACUAAAGGCUUCGGAGGGAAGUUCGGUGUUGAGACCGACAAAGUGGACAAGAGCGCUAUGGGCUUCGAGUACCAGGGAAAGACUGAGAAACAUGAAUCCCAGACAGAUUACACUAAAGGCUUUGGAGGAAAGUUCGGUGUUGAGACCGACAAAGUGGACAAGAGCGCUAUGGGCUUCGAGUACCAGGGCAAAACUGAGAGGCACGAGUCUCAGAAAGACUAUGUGAAGGGCUUCGGAGGGAAAUUUGGUGUGCAGACGGACAGACAGGACAAGUCUGCGCUGGGAUGGGACCACCAGGAGAAGCUGCAGCUGCACGAGUCCCAGAAAGAUUAUAAGCGUGGGUUUGGAGGGCAGUAUGGGGUAGAGAAGGAGAAGCAGGACCAGUGUGCUCUGGGCUAUGAGCACAAGGAGAGCCUGGCUAAGCACGAGUCCCAGAAAGAUUACUCGAAAGGAUUUGGAGGGAAAUUCGGAGUCCAGAAUGACCGCAUGGAUAAGAGCGCGGGGACCUUUGAGGUUGUGGACAAGCCGACUUCAUCCUACCAGAAAACCAAACCUGUGGAGACUGCGGGCAACAGCACAGGAAGCAUCAAGGCUCGCUUCGAGAACAUCGCCAAGCAGAAGGAGGAGGAGGACAGGAAGCGGGCGGACGAGGAGCGGGUGAAGCGACAGACCAAGGAGAAGCAGGAGCAGGAGGAGGCGCGCCGCAAAAUCGAUGAGACGCCCAAAACCCCGUCUCCCGUCCCCGCUGCGAGCCCCAGUCCCAGUCCCACCCCCAGCCCGACCCCCCCAGUGCAGCCUGCUGCCCCCACAUACCAGAACACAGAGGAGGUGUCCCAACCCGAGGCUGCUGCAGAGGAGAACGGAGAGCAGGAGGAUCUGUACCAGAACCCCGACCCCGUGUUACCAGAAGUAGCAGCAGACGGAGAGUACGGAGAGGACGUCGGGGUGACGGCGGUCGCUCUCUACGACUACCAAGCAGCCGGUGAAGACGAGAUUUCCUUCGACCCCGACGACAUCAUCACCAACAUUGAGAUGAUCGACGAAGGCUGGUGGCGAGGCGUCUGCAGAGGAGCGUACGGCCUCUUCCCCGCAAACUAUGUGGAAGUUAGGCAGUGAGAACACCCCGCCAAAAUAAGAGCCGAGUUCCCAUCCAGAACAAAAAAGAGAGGAAGGAGACUAUUGGAAAAAUCCCCCUUUUCACACCUCUGUCUUCAACCGCAAUAUUCCUAAUCUUUUGCUCCUUUUCCAUCCCUCCUCCACCUUUCCCCCUUUGGAUGAGUUUUCUUUACUCGAUGCAAAGAGAAUAUAUUAAUAAUGAUCUGCUCAAAAUGCAACAUGGAGCCUGGGAUUAAGUAUCACAGUUGCAUUUUGAAGCUUUUAUUUUUCAUAAUAGAGUUCAGCUUAAGGUGGUGUUGUUGCUUCUUCACACACAAAAAUAAAUAAAUGCAAUUAGCUUGAAAAUCAACCGUUAUGUAGGCAGUAGAAGGUUGAAGAGGGGAAUUUGGAUCAUACUCUAUGCCGACGACUACGUGCUGUCCGUGGACCAAAAAAUGUAAACCCCCUUUAGUCUGUCUAAAGUUUGCAGGAGUUUAAAUUCCCUUUCUCAUAAAACACUACAUUUAGUACAACUUGUUUCUCCUUCUCUUGCAACAUCUUUAUGAAAUAAUAAUGAUAAUAAAGUUUCUUCUAUGCUGAAUUGUUCACAGAAUAACGGGGCCAAAAUCACAAGCAUACAGAAAUACUCCGUACAUAGUAUUACUUUAAUCAUCUCCAAACAUUAUGCACCUGUUGAGUCAUGCACAGAGAGGACACGAUUUAUGGCGCUUUGAGGAAAACAUAUUUUUGUUCCCUGUGUGUGUGUGUGUGUGUGUGUGUGUGUGUGUGUGUGUGUGUGUGUGUGUGUGUGUGUGUGUGUGUGUGUGUGUGUGUGUGUGUGUGUGUGUGUGUGUGUGUGUGUGUGUGUGUGUGUGUGAAUACUUGGGAAACAUGUUGAAUUGUGAGAAUUUAAGAUUAGAAAUGUAUAUGAGGCUGUCGUUUAGGGUUUAUUUUCUCCAAACACUUAUUAAUUAUUUCAGACUGUUUUGCAGUAGUGUAGCUUAAACAGGGGUGUGUGUGUGUGUGUGUGUGUGUGUGUGUGUGUCAUCAAAUUAAUUUUCGGGGUUUUUAUAAUGGAAAAAAAAAGUGACCUUUUCAAAUGCAUUAUUCGUGUUGUCUGUACUUCCGUUUGCUCGACACAUCAUUACCUGCUUGUUCUUUUUUUUUAGUUUCAAUAAAUAAAGAAUAUGAAUUAUA